AUGAUUGAUUAUAAAAAACUGAUAUUAAAACUAUCAAGUAAUAAUAAAUUGUUAUUAAAACAUUUUGAAGAGUUUAAUAAGAAAUUUAUAUCAAAAUUAGAUUAUAAAAGUGAUAGGGUUUAUGAAAUAUAUGCAAUUGUAUUUGUUAAUAGAUUUUUGAAUAAAAAUAAAAUAAAGAUAGACGGUGUUACUAAUAAAGUUAUUAAUAAUGUAAUAAAGGAAGUGAAUGAAUACUUAAAGAAGGCUGAUUUUGAUAAUUCAGAAGAAGAUACUUCAACUGAAGAUUUGAUUUGUAAUUUGUAUAAAAUUUAA